AACGUGGCCAGGAAUAUAAGAUCACUCUAUAAAUAAAAGGCUUCAUUAGUAGAGGAGUCACAACUCACAACUCACAAGCAAGCAAUACACAACAACAUGAGUAGCUUAAACAUGACGAAGUGCUUAUUCCUCUUAUCUCUCUGUUUGCUUCCAUUUGUUGCCUUUUCAUCAACUUUCACUUCCGAAAAUCCCAUUGACUUACCCACUGCUACUUCUGCUAAGUUAGUAGUAGACAGGAACGGUAAAGCACUUGAUCCUCGUGCAAGUUACCGCAUCGUUUCCAUUUUUAGGGGUGCCCUAGGUGGUGAUGUCUACCUAGGCGCCUCCCCAAAAUCAACUUCCCAUUUUAAUUGUCUUGACGGCGUGUUUCGUUACAACUCCGAUGUCGGACCUAGUGGUACACCCGUUGAAUUCAUUAAGUCUGAUCAUACCGGACCAGGUAUCUUUGAAAACCAAGACAUUAACAUCAAAUUUCUCACUGCAACUACGAGACUGUGUGUUAAUUAUACAACUUGGAAAGUCGGGGACUAUGAUGUAUCUCUAGGGGCGAGAUUGUUGCAGACUGGUGGAACCACAGGCCAACAGGAUAGUAGCUGGUUCAAGAUAGUGAAAACACAAGGGGCAUGGGGUUACCACUUACUCUACUGUCCAGGUCCCUUGGUUUGUCCAUCUUGCCCUGUAGAUCAGUGUCAAACAGUGGGGCAAGUUAUCCAAAACAGAAAGAAGCGUUUGGCUCUCGUAAAAGACCAGCGUCUUCGUGUGCUAUUCCAAAAAGUCUAGUUAACAACGCCUGCUCUAUUAUAUUUUAGCAUGGCUCUCUAAGUGAAUCUGUAGCUACUAUGCUUUAGCAUAUUAGCUUUCUAAAUAAAUCUGUGCUAAGUAUAUAUAUUUAGC